AUGGACAAGAUAUUGAAGGAUGAAUACACUGCUCGUACAGCUACUUAUGACAUGUGCAUGGAAGGUUGCGUCCAUUUCCGUGAUAUAGAAGCUGAUGUGUUUGACAGUGGUGCUGUCCGCAGACUGUGUGAAGGUGGUAUAGUUGGCCAGGAUGACAUCUUGGUUACCAUGUUUGUUGACCAGUUCAACCUCUUUGAUCAUACCAAGAUGUUGGCAGCUAUAAUUCAUGUUCAACAACAUAAUGCAGCUGGCGAUUAUAUCUGGACCAAAACACUCAAGCUUGCCUUUCCAAAGAUGUUUCCAAACAUCACACAAUAUGUUUUUUUUGGUGAUGAAUUGCCUGUUCAUAUGAGAACUUUAGAAAGUCUCUGUCAAUUGGAGGGAAAUAGUUACAGUGUCAAUGGUCCAAAUGCUUUCAGGGAUCUUCCUACACUGACUAGUCCUGCUUUCUUUGGGCUCAAUAAGAUGCAUCUACUUAGACAUGAUAUAGGCAAACAACUAUACAAAGCAUUGGGUGAAAAGUUUCAGAUCAGUCCUGAGAUUGCAGACAAUGCAGACCAGCUUAACCAGAUCGACAGAUCAAUUACCAAGUACAGGGCAGACAUUCCAGCAAUAUUUACUGGUAGUUGGUGGUUGCUCAAGAAAACAACUGGUCAACAGAAGGCGGUCAACUGGUUGGACUUUCUUCUGUUUGUUGUGCCAACUGUGGUGGUAAAGAACUUUGUCCUUGCCAAAACCAGAAAUGCUGUGCAAGAUCUGGUAAAGGCCUGCACUAUUGCCCAGCAGUGGAAAGUGACAGAGAGAGAAGUCAACAUCAUGGAAGAAGCAAUUGGUUGCUGGCAUGUAUUCCUUCGUCACGAAGUUGCAGAAAAAAGGUUAGAGCCCACAAUUUUUGUGAUAAACCAGCACAUGCUGACUCAUCUCAGCUACAUGAUGAGAGAGAUGGGCCCACUGCAGGCAUACAGCUGCCACCUAAUCAAACGCACCAUUGGUGAAUACAGGGCAGCAAUCCAGUCUUGGAAGGAGCCAGGGAAAAAUAUGGAAAACAUCCUGUUAUGUAAGGCUAGGGUUAAACAUUGCCUUGGUAGUCAGGCGUCCCGUAGAAGACUAAUGGACAGGAGAACCAGCAACUUCGAAGUUGCAAGUAACAAUAUUGCUGGUCCCCAACUUUGGUCAAACCCAACCAGAAAGUCUUUGGGUGUUGUGGCAGAUGAGUGUGAAAUGAACUACCACAAUCUAAUUAGUUCAUUAGCGUGUUUAUGGUUGAAGAAACCACCAACUCCCGAAUACCUCACCAUUGUUGACUGUCUGCGUGGAAUCUGGCCCAACAAUGAGGAGAAGUUUCCUGUGUGGGAAAGUCUAACACUCAGUGAGAUUAAAGUAGUGGAGAUGAAGUCCAUCACAGGGAUGGCUGGUCUCAUUCAUGAUAUCAACAAUGAAACCAUUAGACAUGUGGUAUUUCCUCAUCCACAUUAUUACAAAUAG